AUGAAAAGAUUAACGGCAUGGACUGUAGAUAUGCUGCCAACAGAAACAGGUCCUCAAGAUACACCAAAUUCCAAGCGGUAUAACGCCUACCAGCCUGUUACCGCCAUAACAGAUGAACCUAUACUUAACAAGAUUUUUGUUAAUCGCAAAGGAGGUAAAGAAAAUCAUUUUCUCAUGCCAAGAAGAAUAUUAGUUAACCAAUAUGAUACACUAUUACUAAAUGUAAACACAACUGAUACCAAUAUAUUCGUACAUAAAGUCAGUCGAAAUCUACAAGGACAACAACUCCGUCAGUGGCUCACUGACAAUCAUCAUCGUAUUUUUGUAAUGACUUAUAGCCAUGCUUCGAAUCGAUCAGAACUCUUCCACGAAGAGACCCUUCGAAAUUACCUACACAUGUGGGAUGAAGUCCAUGAACUGCCAUGGGAAAUGUUAAUCAUAUAUGAUAAACAAAAUUGGGUUCCAACUUUAAGUUGGACAGCCUCUUUCUGGCCUCGUUUCAAUAGAAGAAUUUAUAUCCGAGAUAUAGAUGACCCAGUAGAUAAUUACAUGAAGUCACUUUUCAACCAAACGAAGUUAAUAUUCUUACACACAAUCGCCAAAUCAACUGAGAACAUAACACCACUUGAAGAACAAUUAUAUGUCACUACACAAAUAGUUGAUGCCGACAACGGACAUUAG